AUGACAUCAGAUGAAAUGAUAACAACAAAUGCUUAUCGAUUGUUUAUUAAUCAGCUAUGCCGAGUUUGUCCAUUGAAAAGUCACUGCUGUCUGCUGACCAAAUUAAUUGAACAACAGGACAGAAUAUCACUUGAAUCAACUUUACUUAAUCAUUCCGAAAUACAAACAAUAAAUAAUAAUCUGAAUGUUUCAUCUGUUCAACAUUGUUUCUUGUGUCUUGAUGUUUUACACCGUUAUACUUCCGAUGAAUUUGUUCAACAAAUUAAACAAGUAGCUCAAUUAACAACAGUUGAUUUUCAAUCAUUUUGUUGCAAUCUUACAUUGCCAUUGAAUAUAUUUAUUCGACAUGCAUAUUUACAAAAAUUUUUAACGAAAUUUGUUGGAGAAUGCAACGAAAAAGAUGUACCAAUGAUUAAAGAUCAAUGGCGUAAUAUUAUGAUUGAACGAUUAGAAGCAGCUCUUGGUUGUCCUUAUCAAAUUGAUAGUCCUUUCGAAAUUAAUAUAAUGUUCGAAUUUAAUAAAGAAAAUGAAGAACUUAAUUUUCUACGAAAAUUUCGCUAUGCUGACAAUCCUAAAUUACAGGUAAGAUGUCGUUUAAUUAAAUCAUAG